AUGCAGGACCGUUCGUGCACCGCGACCAAACAGAGCCAAAAGUCUGCCUACAAUACGCCCGCGGUUGGCAACAUGAAAAAGAGCACGGGUCAAAACCAAAAUUCGGCGGCGGAUCGCACGAAGACGGGCUCCAAUGGAAACUGGGGUCCGCACUUCAAGAAUCGGGAACACUUCAACAGUAUGCACUUUUGCUGAACCUUGAGAUAGUAUUUUUUCAAAUUCCGUUCCGACUGAAACGCGGAGGGACCACUUUAGGGAUGAAUAUGAAAAUUAUAAAGUCAAUAAAACCCCUCUAAGUUAUUUUGAA